CCAGGUCCCCGCCGCAGGGAGGAAGUGCCCGGCCCCGCUGCUGGUGCGCCCGUGCCCACCACCACAAGUCCUCCAGCGGGGUCGGGCCAUGGAGGCGGAGCCGCCACUCUACCCGGUGGCUGGGGCCGCGGGGCCGCAGGGAGAUGAGGACCGGCUUGGGGACCCCGACGGGCCCGAGGCCCCGCUGGACGAGCUGGUGGGCGCGUACCCCAACUACAACGAGGAGGAGGAGGAGCGCCGCUACUACCGCCGCAAGCGCCUCGGCGUGCUCAAGAACGUGCUGGCGGCCAGCGCGGGCGGCGCGCUCACCUACGGUGUCUACCUGGGCCUCCUGCAGAUGCAGCUGAUCCUGCACUAUGAUGAGACCUACCGCGAGGUGAAGUAUGGCAACAUGGGGCUACCCGACAUCGACAAUAAGAUGCUCAUAGGCAUCAACGUGAUGCCCAUCGCAGCGCUCCUCUACACACCUGUGCUCAUCAGGUUUUUUGGCACCAAGUGGAUGAUGUUCCUAGGCGUGGGCAUCUAUGCCCUCUUUGUCUCCACCAACUACUGGGAACGCUACUACACGCUUGUGCCCUCAGCCGUGGCCCUGGGCAUGGCCAUCGUGCCUCUGUGGGCCUCCAUGGGCAACUACAUCACCAGGAUGGCCCAGAAGUAUUACGAGUACUCCCACUACAAGGAAAGGGAUGAGCACGGCCCCCAGCAGCGCCCGCCCCGGGGCUCCCACGCGCCCUAUCUCCUGGUCUUCCAAGCCAUCUUCUAUAGCUUCUUUCAUCUGAGCUUCGCCUGCGCCCAGCUGCCCAUGAUCUACUUCCUGAACCACUACCUGUAUGACCUGAACCACACGCUGUACAACGUGCGGAGCUGCGGCACUAACAGCCAGGGCAUCCUCAGCGGCUUCAACAAGACCGUUCUACAUACGCUACCACGGAGCCGAAACCUCAUUGUGGUGGAGAGCGUGCUCAUGGCGGUGGCCUUCCUGGCCAUGCUGCUGGUUCUUGGCCUGUGCGGUGCCGCGUACCGGCCCACGGAAGAGAUUGACCUGCGCAGCGUGGGCUGGGGCAACAUUUUCCAGCUCCCUUUCAAGCACGUGCGCGACUUCCGCUUGCGCCACCUCGUGCCCUUCUUUAUCUACAGCGGCUUCGAGGUGUUGUUUGCCUGCACUGGUAUCGCCCUGUGCUAUGGCGUGUGCUCAGUGGGGCUGGAACGCCUGCCCUACCUCCUCGUGGCUUACAGCCUGGGUGCCUCGGCUUCCUCAGUCCUGGGCCUGCUGGGGCUGUGGCUGCCGCGCCAGGUGCCCCUGGUGUCAGGGGCCGGACUGCACCUGCUGCUCACUAUAAGCCUCUUUUUCUGGGCCCCCAAACCUCGGGUCCUGCAACACAUGUGGAUCCUCUAUGUAGCAGCCAUCCUCUGGGGUGUGGGCAGUGCCCUCAACAAGACCGGGCUCAGCACACUGCUGGGAAUCCUGUAUGAGGACAAAGAGCGACAGGACUUCAUCUUUACCAUCUACCACUGGUGGCAAGCCGUGGCCAUCUUUGUGGUAUACCUGGGCUCAAGCCUGCCUAUGAAGGCCAAGCUGGCUGUGCUGCUGCUGACACUGUUGGUGGCCGCCAUCUCCUACCUGUCGAUGGAGCAGAAGCUGCAGCGCGGCGUCGUCCCGCGCCAGCCCCGCAUCCCGCGGCCCCAGCACAAGGUGCGUGGCUACCGCUACCUGGAGGAGGACAACUCCGACGAGAGCGACGCGGAAGGCGAGCACGGCGCGGGCGGCGGCUGCGGCCGAGGGGACGAGGAGGAGGACGCGGCGCUGCCCUCCGGGCCCCGACCCGGCCCCGAACCAGCCGGCCUCUGCCGCCGGCCCUGCCCUUACGAACAGGCGCAGGGAGGCGACGGGCCCGAGGAGUAGUGAGGGGCCCAGCCUACUAGCUGGCCUCAGUUGACUGUGUUUCAGGUCAGGGGCGGGGUGGGGGCGUUCCCCCUGAUUCCUGUGCCAUCUUCGGGAAGGACCCUCUGCCCUCUUUCCCCAUGUUUGGGAAUGCCCCUCCCGGAGCCCGGGACCACCUGGAGCUUGGAAUCUGCUCCUUAGCCUCCUCCUAGGUGCGGUGGGACUUUGGGACCCCUCGGCCAGGCCUAGUGUUUGGGAGAGCACAGCUGGACCCUCCCCUAGAGAAGCCGCUCUCCACGAACUCCGCAGGGCCGCUGCCCCCCAGCACGUGCACUAGCCCCGGAGCAGGCACCGGGUCCUCUUGCCGCCCCCUCCCCCGUGUCCAGCCCCAGCUGUCAGCUUCAGGCCUGAGCCGAGCGUGGUUCUUGCUCUGCACGACUCAUCCCCAUGGCCCACCAAGACGCAUGACUUUUUAUAGAAUGUGAGCAAUAAAGAGAUUUUGUAUUGUCCUGAC